AUGCAGGCUUUGCUGGACAUCAUUGAAAAGGACUUGUUUCAAGUCCACAUGAAAAGCAGCGUCACAUAUAUGCGACUGGAUGGUUCAGUUGUACCGGAGAAAAGGUUUGAGAUUGUGAAGGCUUUCAAUUCAGAUCCCACAAUUGAUGUUCUGCUCCUGACAACACAUUUUGGUGGACUUCGGUUGAACCUGACUUCUGCUGACACAAUUGUAUUUAUGGAGCAUGAUUGGAAUCCUAUGCGUGAUCAUCAGGCGAUGGAUAGAGCGCAUAGAUUGGGACAGAAGAGAGUUGUAAACGUACACCGUCUCAUAAUGCGUGGGACACUCGAAGAAAAAGUGAUGAAUUUCUCUUGUCUUUCAAUGAGUCUCCAAAGAUUCAAAGUGUCGGUUGCCAAUACGGUGAUCAAUGCUGAGAAUGCUAGUAUGAAGACAAUGAACACUGAUCAGUUGCUAGAUAUAUUCGCUUCAGCUGAAACUUCGAAAAAGGGUGGUCCUGCGUCUACGAAGAAGGGAUCAGAGGAUAAUGACCAGACUGCUGGAACUGGAAAAGGAAUAAAGGCAAUUCUAGGUAACUUAGAGGAACUGUGGGAUCAAUCACAGUACACAGAAGAGUACAAUCUUAACCAGUUCUUAGCUAAGCUUAACAGGUAA